UGCAAAGACAGGACGAUUUCCAAUGACUCAAGUGCCAUCUGCGUACAAUUUACAUACAGCUCGUCAAUUAUUGAGUUUAAUGAUAUGGGUGAUUAUCGUUGGACGCUUUGAGACCAUUAGGUGGUCGUGUGAAACACUAAUAGUGUUUGUGUCACGUGUCUGGUUGAGAAAAUUGGGGGUGGGGGAGAGAAGUGGGCUCAGACGCUUUAAAGACUGAGCACCGGUCAUUUCAUUCACGCUUCGAGCCAAACUGACAGCAGAAGAGGGGCGUGAAGUCUGUACUCUGGGAGAGAACCGCUUCAAAACCCGCCUUACAUGAAGUUUAAGGACUAGGAGCUGGCUGAAAAUUGAGAAGCUCCUCUACACGCGCGUUAUUACGCACAGCAACCGCUUCUUUUGCCAUUCCAGGUCUCAAACAAUCAAGUAAUGAUGAUACAUACGGAGCGAUAAUGAUGGCUAGCCAUAAGAUUUCCUUUUCUAUAGCUGAUAUAUUGGAUCCGAACAAAUUUAACAGCAAAAGAGCAAUCGAACUUCCCAUCGCUAAGGAGAAGUUUACUGCGCCGGAUGCAGAAGAAACAAGUUUGGAAUGGGACAGCGCAGCGGUAAGAGACUUCAGAGAUGAGGACACAAAUGCAGGAGAGGAGACAGGAGAUGAAGACUCCAUGCAUCCUGCGGUCCUUCCUGAUCCCAUUCUAACGUGUUCUUCCAGCGAACAUGAGAACUCAGGCAGGAGCACCGUGGCAACCCCGCAGGACCCACCGCACAAGCGGCGGCGUGCAGACCCGGCAUGUGCCAAACCGCGUCGCGCCAGAACAGCAUUCACAUACGAACAACUGGUGGCUCUAGAAAACAAGUUUCGCGCUACUCGGUACCUGUCCGUGUGCGAGAGACUGAACCUGGCUCUGUCCCUGAGUCUGACCGAAACGCAGGUGAAGAUCUGGUUCCAGAACAGGAGAACCAAGUGGAAAAAACAAAACCCCGGGGCGGACAGUACCUUGCAGAGCGGCUCCGGCUCCCUGGUCAACGUCAGUCCAAACCCACCAUCCUGCAACUCAGGUUCCGGCGCCUUCCACCAAACUUUCUCCAACUUCAGCUCUGGGAGUGUGAUUUUCCACACAGCUGAUGGUGUUCCGCUUUCAUCCACUGGAGGGCUCCUUCAUCCUUUUAUGUCAAGUGGAUUCGUCCAACCGACUUACUUUAACUGACAUAAAAUGAACCAAGACUGAUUCUGAGAUUUUAAACCAACUCAUUUUUAAAUUCUUUUUUGCAAAAUUAUUUUCGCUAAUUCUUCAUACUAUAUCUAUAUAUAUAACUUGUUAAGGUUUCAUUGAUGCUCAGCUAGUUUACACAUGUAUCCAUGGGGUUUUAAAGUGUGUUAAUCAUAUGAUUUUAAAUGUUGCUGAAUAUCAUAAUGAUGCACGUGAGAUAAGUAUGAACCAACCUGAGUUCUUAGUUCUGAUUUAAAACUUUCUGUCUGUAUUUGCUGAAACGUCCGCUUACUGUAUUUUAUAGCUUAUAACUGUGGCAUAUAUAUUUUACA